CAGCUAUCGUCGACUGUUCGCAAGUUGCAACCGCUCAUCCAUCUUCUGGACAUCCCCCAAGCGCCCUCAUAACAAACCAGCAACAAUGGCAGACCCCAGCGUCGUCGCAAGGCAGUUCGUCGACUACUACUACCAGACCUUCGACGCAAACAGGGCGUCUCUCGGUCCCCUCUACAAAGAUAUCUCUAUGCUCUCGUUUGAGGGUCAGCAAACAUCCGGCUCUGCCGCUAUCGUCGAGAAGCUCACUAGCCUGCCCUUUCAAAAGGUCCGCCACGUCAUCUCUACAUGCGACGCCCAGCCAGGAAGUCCUAACGGAAGCAUCCUCGUUACGGUGACCGGCCAGCUUCAGAUCGACGAGGAGACUACCACCCAGUUCUUCACACAAACGUUCCACUUGUACCCCGAAGGCGCUAGUUUCUUCGUGUACAACGACAUCUUCCGCCUUGUUCUCGGAGCGUAAGGCCUAACGAGCGGGUGGCGAAAUGGAGAAUGUCAAAUAGGCUUGUCCGAGGGCAGUGAAUGGAACCUUUAAUACCCCCCAAAACGAAUCCGUCGCUUCGAGUCAUUUGAUAGGGCUUCGGCGGCGGAGGAACCACUGUAGGCGAGCGAUGUAGCAUGUAUUUAGGAUCAUUGAAUAGUCUGCGUAUGGCUGGUAUACAUAUUCUUUGUUACAGUGUUGUCUUGGUUCUGUGGUCCAAGCCAAUUUUCGCUCUCGGUCCAUGGCUACGUAGCGCUGAACACCAAAACCAUCACAAUCCUGCGUUUCCCCAGUCCCAUCGCCAACCUUCUUGCG